AGUGCAAAUGAAAGCUAACAAAUAAUAUAUAUUAUUUAUUAGUGAACAGAGAAGAGGAGAUUUUUUAAUUUUUAAUUUGACUUUCUUGUUUUCUCCACUGUAAAGUUGUGAACAGAGUACCAGGUGGAAAACAAGAACGUAAAUUCGUAGUAACAGCAAAGAAGGCUCGUCUAAAAUUAAAAAGAAAAAAGUCCUCACUUUCAAAAAGGUUUAUUUUUUCGUUGUUAUCUUUUAUUUUAUUUUAUUUUAUUUUUUUGUUUUUCAUCUUCAACCAAAGCCUUAAAUACUGGUGCCUUGCUGUCUCCCUGAAUAUGGUUUUCUUCAUCUCUUGGACUGGGAAGAGAAUCAGGAGCUGAAAAUGGGUAAUUGCUGGGGAUUUCCCUCUGAUCAACGUAGCCCAAGUAAGAAUACCGCAUAUCCUCCUGCCUCAACUCCAGGGAAAUCGAAUAAUAUCAGCGACAACAUAGAUUUGUUCUCUCCAACAACAGCAAGCAACAGCAGCUUCGGCAAGAGUCAAUUAUCAGAGGCGGUGAGUGAAAGGCUGGAUGAGACGAAUCCCAGUGGAAAAAUUUUGGAGACCCCAAAUCUCAAAGUCUUCAGCUUUGCUGAUUUAAGGAGCGCAACCAAGAACUUCAAGUCAGAUACUCUUCUGGGUGAGGGUGGUUUUGGUAAAGUUUACAAGGGUUGGAUGGAUACCAGGACUCUUGUUCCUUCAAAGAUUGGCUCUGGUAUGGUUGUUGCUAUCAAGAAAUUGAACUCUGAAAGCAUGCAAGGAUUUCAAGAAUGGCAGUCAGAGGUGAACUUUUUAGGAAGGCUUUCCCAUCCUAAUUUGGUUAAGUUGUUGGGUUACUGCUGGGAGGAUAAAGAGCUGCUCCUUGUGUAUGAGUUCAUGCCUAAAGGAAGCUUGGAAAAUCAUCUUUUUCGACGAAACCCAGCUAUUGAACCUCUAUCUUGGGAAAUACGGCUUAAGAUUGCCAUUGGAGCAGCUCGAGGACUUGCUUUUCUACAUACUUCAGAAAAGCAGGUCAUUUACAGAGAUUUCAAGGCCUCAAAUAUACUGCUUGAUGCGAACUAUAAUGCGAAGAUAUCAGAUUUUGGCUUGGCAAAAUUAGGACCAUCUGGUGGAGACUCACACGUGACAACCAGAAUUAUGGGCACAUAUGGUUAUGCUGCUCCGGAAUAUGUUGCCACAGGUCAUCUUUAUGUGAAGAGCGAUGUGUAUGGUUUUGGUGUUGUGCUGCUCGAGAUGAUGACAGGCUUACGAGCGCUGGACAACAGGCGUCCAAACGGUCAACAAAAUCUGGUGGAGUGGAUGAAGCCGAUUCUGUCGCAUAGAAGAAAGCUGAAAGUCAUAAUGGAUGCAAAAAUAGAAGGACAAUAUUCAUCAAAGGCUGCAUGGCAGGCUGCUCAGCUUACCCUGAAAUGUCUAGAGGGGGAACCUAGAAGCCGCCCCUCCAUGAACGAAGUGGUCGAGGUGUUAGAACAGAUCGAGGCCAUGGACAAAUUGAAGUUCAAGUCUUUGCAGCCUACGAUAGAUCGCCGUGCCCAGCAGCAAAACAGUAAUCAUCGUUCGGCCCUUCAAUCGAAGGCAACUGCACAAAGGACCAGGAGCUACCCUCAAUGAUACAUACAGAAAGUGAAGUAAAAUAUGCACAAAGAUGAAUUCAACAACAAGAAAUCAAAUUUUUUUCACA